CGCGCCCCCGACCGCGCCGACUGCGCCUCCGUGCGUAUCUCCAUCGACAACACUAACACCUGCUGCACUGACUCGCUCGUCACCGCGCUCGAUGAUGAAACAUUAUUAUUAGGCGACGCCGAUAUGUCGCUGAAGCAGGGCAGCGGCACCGGCAAGGUCCACUUCGGUGGUCUGGACGAUGUAUCCCUGUACGGCACGCCCGUGGAGCCCGCGCCCCCCGCGCCCGACGCCAAGCAGGGCUUCUUGCGCAACCAGCUGCAAGCACUCUUCCAGCCGACCGACAACAAGCUAGCAAUGAAACUUUUCGGCUCAAAAAAGGCGCUGAUGAAGGAGCGCAUCAGGCAGAAAGCAGCCGGCCACUGGGUCAUCCAUCCGUGCAGUAGUUUUAGAUUCUACUGGGAUCUAUGCAUGCUGCUGCUACUGGUGGCGAACCUCAUCAUCCUGCCUGUUGCCAUCUCCUUCUUCAACGACGACCUCAGCACACGUUGGAUAGCCUUCAACUGUCUAUCUGACACCAUAUUCCUUAUAGAUAUUGUUGUUAAUUUUAGAACAGGAAUAAUGCAGCAAGAUAAUGCGGAGCAAGUGAUAUUAGACCCCAAGUUAAUAGCAAAGCAUUAUUUAAGGACGUGGUUCUUCCUGGACCUCAUCUCUAGUAUACCACUAGAUUAUAUUUUCUUGAUCUUCAAUCAGGACUUUAGUGAAAGCUUUCAAAUCCUCCACGCGGGACGCGCGCUCAGGAUACUGCGGCUGGCCAAGCUGCUCUCCCUGGUGCGGCUGCUGCGCCUCUCGAGGCUCGUCAGGUUCUGUUCGCAGUUCCUCAACAUGGCAUCUGUGUUUAUGCGGAUAUUCAAUUUGAUCUGCAUGAUGCUGCUAAUCGGCCACUGGUCAGGGUGUCUGCAAUUCCUGGUUCCGAUGCUACAGGGCUUCCCUCCGAAUUCAUGGGUCGCUAUAAACGAACUUCAGGAAGCUUUUUGGCUAGAACAAUAUUCGUGGGCACUGUUCAAAGCGAUGUCGCACAUGCUGUGCAUUGGAUACGGCCGGUUCCCGCCGCAGUCGCUCACGGAUAUGUGGCUCACGAUGCUCUCCAUGAUAUCAGGCGCUACCUGCUAUGCCCUCUUCCUCGGUCACGCCACCAACCUCAUCCAGAGUCUUGACUCGUCUAGAAGGCAGUACCGAGAAAAGGUAAAACAAGUAGAAGAAUAUAUGGCCUAUAGAAAACUGCCUCGGGAAAUGAGACAGCGUAUAACCGAGUACUUCGAACAUCGCUACCAAGGCAAAUUUUUCGACGAGGAGCUGAUUUUGGGCGAGCUGAGCGAGAAAUUACGAGAGGACGUCAUCAACUACAACUGCCGUUCGCUUGUAGCCUCCGUGCCAUUCUUUGCCAACGCUGACUCCAACUUCGUAUCGGACGUCGUCACCAAACUCCGUUACGAAGUCUUCCAACCUGGCGAUAUCAUCAUAAAAGAAGGAACCAUCGGCAACAAAAUGUACUUCAUCCAGGAGGGUAUCGUAGACAUCGUAAUGGCAAACGGAGAGGUAGCAACCAGCCUGUCCGAUGGCUCCUACUUCGGCGAGAUCUGUCUCCUGACGAACGCUCGUCGAGUCUGCGCGUGCGUGUGCGCGCCACUCGAUAGCAAUACUAGGCUUAGUGCGAGCUCGCCGCCUCGCUAG